AUGAAGGUAACAAACCACUGGAGCAAUAAGUCGGUUAACAUACUAUUGGAGUUUUUAACAAAACUUUUACCAAAAGAUAAUUUGGUUCCAAAGUCAUUUUAUGAAGCUAAGAAAAUACUUCGUGAUUUGGGCUUGUCAUAUGAGUUAAUUGAUGCUUGUAUAAAUGAUUGUGUACUAUUUUGGAAGGAAAAUGCAAGGUUAGAUAAAUGUCCAAAAUGUAAGGCAUCCAGAUACAAGAUCAAUCGUGGCAGGGGUAAGGAGAUUCCCCAUAAGGUGUUACGGUACUUCCCAUUAACACCAAGGUUGAAAAGAUUGUACAUGUCAAGAAAGACUGCUGAGGACAUGAGAUGGCACAAGGAGAAACGUAUAGAUGACGGAGUAUUGAGACAUCCUGCUGAUAGUGAUGAAUGGAAGGAAUUUGAUGUGCAACAUCCUCAGUUUGCCCUGGAGCCUCGAAAUGUGAGGCUAGGGUUGGCUGUUGAUGGGUUCAAUCCUUUCGGGAACAUGAGCAACUCGUAUAGUUUAUGGCCUGUAGUACUCAUUCCUUAUAACUUGCUACCUUGGUUGGUUAUGAAAGAUCCCUUUCUUAUGAUGUCACUACUUAUUCCUGGAGAAUCACAACCAGGGAUCGAUAUUGAUGUCUACAUGAGACCUCUGGUGGAUGAGUUGAAUGAGUUGUGGGAAAAUGGUGCAUUAUCUUACGAUGCCGUAACUGGUGAGUCUUUCCAGAUGCGUGCAGCUUUGAUGUGGACUAUACACGAUUGGCCCGCAUUUGGUGACAUAUCUGGGUGGAGAACAAAGGGUCAUUAUUCUUGCUACACUUGCAAUGAUGAACCAUAUUUUCAAUCCUUGAAAGGUAAGACUGCAUACACUAACCAUCGAUGCUACUUGCCUCAAAACCACCCCGAAAGGCGAAAGAGUAAGGCUUACAAUGGUAAGCAUGAGAAGCGAAAGAGAUCUUUAAAGUUACCAGUGGAAAAUAUAUUAGAGCAAUUGGAUAGAGUAACAGGUGUCACAUAUGGGAAGCAUCCAAGAAAUAAGAAAAGACUCCGUCAGGCACCAAAUUGGACAAAGGUAAGCAUCUUGUAUGAGUUACCAUACUGGAAGAAACGGAAGCUUCGACACAACAUUGAUGUUAUGCACGUCGAGAAGAAUUUUAGUGAAAAUACCUUUGGAACUAUGUUAGGCAUUGAUGGAAAGAACAAAGACACCGACAAAGCACGGAUGGACUUGGAAGAUAUGGCUAUAAGGAAAGAGUUGUGGUUAACACGUCGUCCUGAUGGAACUUAUGUCAAACCUAGGGCAAUCUUUUCAUUGACCCCUGAAGAGAGGGAGGGUUUCUUUGAAUUCUUGAAAUCAGUGAAGUAUCCGGAUGGCUAUGCUGCAAACAUAUCAAGAUCAGUGAAUGCGAGAAAUGGUAAAUUAACAGGCUUGAAAAGUCAUGACUGCCAUGUACUCAUACAACGGAUUCUUCCAAUUGGGAUGCGUGGUUACGUGGACAAAGAGAUUAGUAAAACACUAUUUGAGUUAGGUAGCUUUUUCCAGGAUUUGUGCUCAAGGACACUGCGCCGUAAUGAACUUGAGAAAUUAGAGGAACGUAUAGUACACAUAUUAUGCAAGCUUGAAAAGAUCUUUCCUCCAGCCUUCUUUGAUGUGAUGGUUCACUUGGCCGUUCACUUGCCACGUGAGGCUACUCUUGGAGGACCGGUGCAAUAUCGAUGGAUGUACCGGAUUGAAAGGUUUCUCGGAGCUUUAAAAAAGUUUGUUACAAACCGAGCUCGACCAAAAGGUUCAAUCGCAGAGGCUUACAUUGUCAAAGAGUGCAUUACUUUUUGUUCAAUGUAUGUUGAUGGGAUCGAAACAGUGCAUAAUCGACCCGAACAAAAUCAAGAUCGUGGCGAACGUCACAAAGGGUUAACUGUAUUCACAGAAACUGCCCGUCCUAUUGGCCUAAUCACAAGGGAUGCUGAUAUGUCACAAGAAUAUCGUGAUAUGGCUCAUUGGUUCUUGUUGAACAAUAGCCCCGAGAUAGAGAAGUAUCUAGA